AUGGCUGGAUCCACCGAUGCAAACAUGCUGACCAGUGCAGCUGCACGAGGGGACAUAGAAGAGAUUGAAACGAUGUUACAAAGAGGAGUUGACGUUAAUGAGAGGAACGAAUUCGGAAGGACAGCAUUGCAGGUGAUGAAACUUGGCAACCCCGACAUUGCAAGGGUGCUACUAACAGCAAACGCUGAUCCAAACGUCCGCGACCCUAUUCGAGGUCUUACAAUAACUCACGACGCUGCAAGGGAUGGCUAUAUAGACACUCUACAAGUCCUUGUAGAGCAUGGAGCAGAUGUCAAUAUACUUGACAGCGAAGACAAUUUACCAUUGCAUCUUGCAGCGAGAGAGGGACAUCUGAGAGUUGUGAGGUUUCUUUUUCAGUGGACCAGGCACCCUUCUCACAUAAACGUGGAGGGCCACGCACCGUAUGACUUGGCGAGAAUACACAACAGACAGUCCACUGCUCUGUGGUUAGAAUCCAUGCUCCAGCAAAACAACUAG